AUGCGCCCUAGGCAACAGCAUUACAACCGCGGAAGCAGCGAGUACAAGCAAGCGAGCAAAGGAAUAAGAAAGAAAUGUAGAGAAGCCAAAGAGAUCUGGCUUAAUGAACAAUGUGAAGAAAUUGAAAGACACAAAACCAACGAACCAGGCGCAAUGUACAGAAAGAUUAAGGAAGUAACGGGUUUCAAAGGUUGUUCUUCUACAGGAUGCAUAAAAUCCAAGAAUGGAGAAGUCUUAAUGGAAAAGGACAAAAUCCUUGAACGCUGGACAGAAUACAUCGGGGAACUUUUUGCUGAUUAUAGGGGCAACAAACCAGAAAUAAGAAAGGCCAUCGAGGGCCCGAAAAUCUUAACAUCACAAGUUAGAGGUGCAUUACAAACAAUGAAGAGGAAUGAGGCUGCAGGACCCAAUGAAGUCGUUACAGAGAUGAUUGUUGUGCUGGAAGACUUUGGUAUAGAGAAGCUUACCGAAGUUUUGAACGAGGUAUAUGACAGCGGACAAAUCCCAGAUCUCAGCAAAUCUAUUUUCAUAGCCCUCCCCAAGAAAACUGGCGCAAUUGAAUGUGAAUCACACAGAACGAUUAGCCUAAUGGGCCAUGUGAUAAAAAUUCUACUCCGUAUUCUGAUGAUGAGAGCAAGAAAGUCAGAAGAGAAGCUGCAAGAGAUACUAGACAAAGUGGUUGAAGCCAGCGAAAAGAAAGGGCUCACCAUAAACUGGCGGAAUAUUAAAGAGAUGAGGAAAUGA